AUGAAUGAAAAGCCCUGCUUUGCAGCCCCUCAGCAUGGCAGGCCUGCAGCUCAUGACCCCUGCUUCCUCACCAAUGGGUCCUUUCUUUGGACUGCCAUGGCAACAAGAAGCAAUUCAUGAUAACAUUUAUACGCCAAGAAAAUACCAGGUUGAGCUCCUGGAAGCGGCUCUGGACCAUAACACCAUUGUCUGCUUGAACACCGGCUCAGGGAAGACGUUCAUCGCAGUCCUGCUCACCAAAGAGCUGGCCCAUCAGAUCAGGGGCGACCUCAACCCACAUGCAAAAAGGACCGUGUUUCUCGUCAACUCUGCAAACCAGGUUGCUCAACAAGUUUCAGCUGUCAGAACUCACUCAGAUCUCAAGGUUGGGGAGUACUCAAACCUAGAAGUAAAUGCAUCUUGGACAAAAGAGAGAUGGAGCCAAGAGUUUACUAAGCACCAGGUUCUCAUUAUGACUUGCUAUGUCGCCUUGAAUGUUUUGAAAAAUGGUUACUUAUCACUGUCAGACAUUAACCUUUUGGUGUUUGAUGAGUGUCAUCUUGCAAUUCUAGACCACCCCUAUCGAGAAAUUAUGAAGCUCUGUGAAAGUUGUCCAUCAUGCCCUCGAAUUUUGGGACUGACUGCUUCCAUUUUAAAUGGGAAAUGUGAUCCAGAGGAAUUGGAAGAAAAGAUUCAGAAACUGGAGAAUAUUCUUAAGAGUAAUGCUGAGACUGCGACUGACCUGGUGGUCUUAGACAGAUACACUUCCCAGCCGUGUGAGAUUGUGGUAGAUUGUGGACCGUUUACUGACAGAAGUGGGCUUUAUGAAAGACUGCUGAUGGAAUUAGAAGAAGCACUUAAUUUUAUCAAUGACUGUAAUGUAUCUGUACAUUCAAAGGAAAGAGACUCUACUCUGAUUUCCAAACAAAUGCUCUCAGACUGCCGUGCAGUGUUGGUUGUUCUGGGACCCUGGUGUGCGGAUAAAGUAGCUGGGAUGAUGGUAAGAGAACUGCAGAAGUACAUCAAACACGAGCAAGAGGAGCUGCACCGGAAGUUUUUAUUGUUUACAGACACUUUGCUGAGGAAAAUACAUGCACUAUGUGAAGAGCACUUCUCACCUGCCUCACUUGACCUGAAGUAUGUAACUCCUAAAGUCAUGAAACUGCUCGAGAUCCUGCGCAAAUACAAGCCCUAUGAACGACAGCAGUUUGAAAGUGUUGAGUGGUACAAUAAUAGGAAUCAGGAUAACUAUGUGUCCUGGAGUGAUUCGGAGGAUGAUGAUGACGAUGAAGAAAUUGAAGAAAAAGAAAAGCCAGAGACAAAUUUCCCUUCUCCAUUUACCAAUAUUUUAUGUGGAAUUAUCUUUGUGGAAAGAAGGUACACAGCAGUUGUCCUCAACAGAUUGAUAAAGGAAGCUGGCAAGCAAGAUCCAGAGCUGGCUUAUAUCAGCAGCAACUUUAUAACUGGACAUGGCAUUGGGAAGAACCAGCCUCGCAGCAAACAGAUGGAAGCAGAGUUCCGAAAGCAAGAGGAGGUACUUAGGAAAUUUCGAGCACAUGAGACUAACCUGCUCAUUGCCACAAGUGUUGUAGAAGAGGGUGUGGAUAUUCCCAAGUGCAACUUGGUGGUUCGUUUUGAUUUGCCCACGGAGUAUCGAUCAUAUGUUCAGUCUAAAGGACGAGCACGAGCCCCGAUCUCUAAUUAUGUGAUGUUAGCAGAUACAGACAAGAUAAAGAGCUUCGAAGAAGACCUUAAGACCUACAAAGCUAUUGAAAAGAUCUUAAGAAACAAGUGUUCAAAGUCAGUGGAUGGUGCUGAGGCUGAUGUCGAUGCAGUUGUAGAUGAUGAUGAUGUUUUCCCGCCAUAUGUAUUGAGGCCUGAUGACGGGGGUCCACGAGUCACGAUCAACACUGCCAUUGGACACGUCAACAGAUACUGUGCUCGAUUACCAAGUGAUCCGUUUACGCAUCUAGCUCCCAAAUGUAGAACCCGAGAGUUGCCUGAUGGUACAUUUUAUUCAACUCUUUAUCUUCCGAUUAACUCACCUCUUCGAGCCUCCAUUGUUGGUCCACCAAUGGGCUGUGUACGGUUGGCUGAAAGAGUGGUAGCUCUCAUUUGCUGUGAAAAACUGCACAAAAUUGGUGAACUGGAUGAACAUUUGAUGCCAGUGGGGAAAGAGACUGUUAAAUAUGAAGAAGAACUUGACUUACAUGAUGAAGAGGAGACCAGUGUUCCAGGAAGACCAGGAUCCACAAAGCGAAGGCAGUGCUACCCUAAAGCAAUCCCAGAGUGCUUGAGGGAGAGUUACCCCAGACCUGAUCAGCCUUGUUACCUGUAUGUGAUAGGGAUGGUCUUAACUAUCCCCCUCCCUGAUGAGCUCAACUUCAGGCGACGGAAGCUCUACCCGCCUGAGGACACCACAAGAUGCUUUGGGAUCCUGACAGCCAAACCUAUACCUCAGAUUCCUCACUUUCCUGUGUAUACACGCUCUGGAGAGGUCACCAUAUCCAUUGAGCUGAAGAAGUCUGGUUUCACAUUGUCUCAGCAAAUGCUUGAGCUGAUUACAAGACUCCACCAGUAUAUAUUCUCACAUAUUCUUCGGCUUGAAAAACCCGCCCUAGAGUUUAAGCCUACAGGCGCUGAGUCAGCAUACUGUGUUCUACCUCUUAAUGUUGUUAAUGACUCUAGCACUCUGGACAUUGACUUUACGUUCAUGGAGGAUAUUGAGAAGUCUGAAGCUCGUAUAGGCAUUCCCAGCACUAAGUAUUCAAAAGAAACUCCGUUUGUUUUUAAGUUAGAAGAUUACCAAGAUGCAGUUAUCAUUCCAAGAUACCGCAAUUUUGAUCAGCCUCAUCGAUUUUAUGUAGCUGAUGUGUACACUGAUCUUACCCCACUCAGUAAAUUUCCUUCCCCUGAGUAUGAAACUUUUGCAGAAUAUUAUAAAACAAAGUAUAACCUUGACCUGACCAAUCUCAACCAGCCACUGCUGGAUGUCGACCACACAUCUUCCAGACUUAACCUUUUGACACCUCGGCAUUUGAAUCAGAAGGGGAAAGCACUUCCUCUAAGCAGUGCUGAAAAGAGGAAAGCCAAAUGGGAAAGUCUGCAGAACAAACAGAUACUGGUUCCGGAACUCUGUGCUAUACAUCCAAUCCCAGCAUCACUGUGGAGAAAAGCAGUUUGUCUCCCCAGCAUACUUUAUCGCCUUCACUGCCUUUUGACUGCAGAGGAGCUAAGAGCUCAGACAGCCAGCGAUGCUGGAGUAGGAGUCAGAUCACUUCCUGCAGAUUUUAGAUACCCUAACUUAGACUUCGGGUGGAAAAAAUCUAUUGAUAGCAAGUCUUUCAUCUCAACUUGUAACUCCUCGUUGGCUGAAAAUGAUAAUUACUGUAAGCACAGCACAAUUAUAGUCCCUGAAAAUGCUGCACAUCAAGGUGCUACUAGAACCUCCUUUGAAAACUAUGACCAAAUGUCUGUGAACUGCAGAAGGCUAGCCGCCGAGUCACCUGGGAAGCUCCAAAUGGAAGUUUCAACAGAUCUGACAGCAAUUAAUGGUCUUUCUUACAACAAAAAUCUUGCCAAUGGCAGUUAUGAUUUAGUUAACAGAGACUUUUGCCAAGGAAAUCAGCUGAAUUACUUCAAGCAGGAAAUACCUGUACAACCAACUACCUCAUAUCCCAUUCAGAAUUUAUACAAUUAUGAGAACCAGCCCAAGCCCAGCAAUGAAUGUACUCUACUGAGUAAUAAAUACCUUGAUGGAAACGCUAACACAUCUACCUCAGAUGGAAGCCCCGCGGUGUCCACGAUGCCUGCCAUGAUGAAUGCUGUUAAAGCACUCAAGGACAGGAUGGAUUCUGAGCAGAGCCCUUCUGUUGGGUACUCCUCAAGGACUCUUGGCCCCAAUCCUGGACUGAUUCUUCAGGCCUUGACACUGUCAAAUGCUAGCGAUGGGUUUAACCUGGAGCGGCUUGAGAUGCUUGGCGACUCCUUUUUAAAGCAUGCUAUCACCACAUAUCUCUUUUGCACUUACCCUGAUGCUCACGAGGGCCGCCUUUCAUAUAUGAGAAGCAAAAAGGUCAGCAACUGUAACCUGUAUCGCCUUGGCAAGAAGAAGGGGCUGCCCAGCCGUAUGGUAGUGUCGAUAUUUGAUCCUCCCGUGAAUUGGCUUCCUCCUGGUUAUGUGGUAAAUCAAGAUAAAAGUAACGCAGAUAAAUGGGAAAAGAAUGAAAUGACAAAAGACUGCUUGCUGGCUAACGGCAAACUAGGUGAGCACUGUGAGGAGGAGGAGGAGGAGGAGCUGACGUGGAGGGCUCCCAAGGAGGAGGCUGAGGAUGAAGACGACUUCCUGGAGUAUGAUCAGGAGCACAUCCAGUUUAUAGACAGCAUGUUAAUGGGGUCAGGAGCCUUUGUGAAGAAAAUUUCUCUUUCUCCUUUUUCAACCUCUGAUUCUGCUUAUGAAUGGAAAAUGCCCAAAAAGUCCUCCUUAGGCAGUAUGCCGUUUUCCUCAGACCUUGAGGAUUUUGACUACAGCUCUUGGGAUGCAAUGUGCUAUCUGGAUCCUAGCAAAGCCGUGGAAGAGGAUGACUUUGUGGUAGGUUUCUGGAAUCCGUCAGAGGAAAACUGUGGCGUUGACACAGGGAAGCAGUCCAUUUCCUACGACUUGCACACGGAGCAGUGCAUCGCCGACAAAAGCAUAGCGGAUUGCGUGGAGGCCCUGCUGGGCUGCUACUUAACCAGCUGCGGGGAGAGGGCUGCUCAGCUUUUCCUCUGCUCACUGGGGCUGAAGGUGCUCCCAGUCAUCAAAAGGACCAGCCGGGAAAAGGCCCUGGACCCUGCUCGGGAGACCUUGGGCAGCCAACAAAAGAGCCUUUUAGGGAGCUGUGCUGCCACUGCGACUGGCCCACGCUCCUCUGCGGGGAAAGACUUGGAGUACGGCUGCCUGAAGAUCCCACCCAGGUGUAUGUUUGACCAUCCAGAUGCAGAGAAAACCCUGAACCACCUGAUAUCUGGGUUUGAAAAUUUUGAGAAGAAAAUCAACUACAGAUUCAAGAAUAAGGCUUACCUUCUGCAGGCUUUUACACAUGCCUCCUACCACUACAACACUAUCACUGAUUGUUACCAGCGCUUAGAAUUCCUGGGAGAUGCGAUUUUGGACUACCUCAUAACCAAGCACCUUUAUGAAGACCCACGGCAGCAUUCCCCAGGGGUCCUGACUGACCUGCGUUCUGCCCUGGUCAACAACACCAUCUUUGCAUCAUUGGCUGUGAAGUAUGACUACCACAAGUACUUUAAAGCCGUCUCUCCCGAGCUCUUCCAUGUCAUUGACGACUUUGUGCAGUUUCAGCUUGAGAAGAACGAGAUGCAAGGGAUGGACUCUGAGCUUAGGAGAUCCGAGGAGGAUGAAGAGAAAGAAGAGGAUAUCGAAGUCCCCAAGGCCAUGGGGGACAUCUUUGAGUCUCUGGCUGGUGCCAUUUAUAUGGACAGUGGGAUGUCUCUGGAGGUGGUCUGGCAGGUGUACUACCCGAUGAUGCGGCCACUAAUAGAAAAGUUUUCUGCAAAUGUGCCGCGUUCUCCAGUGAGAGAAUUGCUUGAGAUGGAACCAGAAACCGCCAAGUUUAGCCCAGCGGAGAGAACUUACGAUGGGAAGGUCAGAGUCACCGUGGAAGUGGUGGGAAAGGGGAAAUUUAAAGGUGUCGGCCGGAGCUACAGGAUCGCAAAGUCGGCUGCAGCAAGAAGAGCCCUCCGCAGCCUCAAAGCUAACCAGCCUCAGGUUCCUAACAGCUGAAGCCUCCAGAUGCGCAGGCAGCAAGAUGGUGAACCAGGAUCGCAGAGACUCAUCAGAGGAUGAUUCAGAGUUGACACAGAGCAGAAUAAUUGAAGGCAGAAGUUAAAGUUUGAUAACGAGAUAGAUAACAGAAUAAAACUUUUAAUAUGUGUAUAAACUUUUUGGAACUAAUUGUAGUUUUAGUUUUUUGCGCAAACACAAUCUUGUCUUCUUUCCCACUUCUGCUCUGUUUAAAUCACAAGAGUGCUUUAAUGCCGGCAUUUAGCAAGUUUUUGAAAUCAUUCUGACGGGUUCUUUUGUUGUUGUUUUGGAUUUUGCAUUAAUUUCUGUCGACUUUGCUUGGUGUUAAGAGGCCAUGGAGCUUAACCCUCUAGCAGUCCUAGACCUGGUAGAGUCCUGGCCUUGCGUCCCUCCACUCUAGUGCCUGUCCUGCAGCAGGUGUCGAGCCCAGCACAGCAGUGUGAGCAGUUUGUGACCACCAGUGUUGUCGGGCAGAGCAGACUCCCGGGAGCUGUUGCACUAUGGUAAGGGACAGUUUGGAGUCAGUGUUGGCUGUUGAUGAGUCAAGGCCAGGUUUUCUGAUGCCACAUUGUGCUGCGUAGAGAGGGUUCUUGCCUUAAAGUAGAGACUGGAUGGUUUUUUUCCUUUUUGGUCUUUUGGGAACAGAUUCUUUUGCUCUUUCCUUUAUCUUAUUAUGCAUCAGAUGAGACGGAGUGACGCAGCUCACUCGAGGACUUGCAGCAGAACUGUUGCAGGUAGGAUUUCCGUCACACGUGUACAGAUACUGAAGACAGUCUGAAAGCCAGAGUGAGUAGUCCGGGUUUUUAAAACUCCAUCAUAGGCAGGAUAUGUGACUAGGUGCCCAGUUUUCCUCAGACCUUCCUGCCAGGUCGUCCAGUGGUGGAAAUGCGUGCCUAGUGGGCUGUUGCUCUAACAAAAGGACCCUGAGGUGCAGUAUGCCUAGAGGUGCUGCAGGUUUGUAGUGGAGCUGAGGUUCAUUUAGAGGAGCAGAGCAGGACGUCUCCUUCUGCUCCUGUCCACGUCCCGACCGCCCACCAUGUUGCCUGCAUUCCCAAAGCUAUGCCAUUUAUGCUUGGGUUGCAAGUCACUCGCUUAGAUAAACUGGGUCAUUAGUUCCAUCUCAGAAUCAAAGGAACUCAAGUUUUCUAGGCAUUGCUGAAGCUUCUUGAUUAGGCUGUACGCACUCUUCACUCACACACCUCAGUUUCCCUCCUUUGCGUGCGUUUUCCCAGUUGGUGCUAUGUUUAUGUAUCAUGCUUGAAGUUUAAUUUUUUGCACUGUGACUAUAAUACCUCUUAAUUUACAUUUUUAAAUGCUAUAUGGGUUGGUCAUACCCUCCCACCGACAUACAGUGGAGGUUUGCUGCAAUUCGCCCUAUUAUGCUUGAAGUCUCAGCAAGCUGAGCCAGGGUGGCUCUGACUUCCCACACAUCCUUCUGAGGCUGAUGCUUCAUGUAAUGCUGCACUUAGGGUUAAAUUACAUUUGUUUUGCUGUGCACCGUCCACCCGAAAGAGACGUGUGUGUGUGUGUGUGUGUGUGUGUGUGUGUGUGUGUGUGUGUGUGUGUACAGAAGUUGUUGGCCCCACUUUCUAAGGAACCUUAAGUGAAGAGGAUAGUGAAUUUUUCCAGGAUCAUUUGUUGGCACUGAUUUUAAAUUGGGAUCUAAAUUAUUAAGUGAGUUUUUGAGGAAAUUAAUUUGGGUGACUUGUUUUAAAUAUUUAAUUCUGAUUUGAGAUUGUAGUUAUCUGUUUGACUUAAAACACCCCCUCUCCCCAUGCACACACACAAACCUUAAUGCAAGACAUCACAGCAAGUUCACACCAGGUGAUCUUUUGAAUGUUGUAGCUGGAACUUGUACAGUCAGACAGUUGGGGUGGGAUUUGGGGAGGUGGAGUUUGUUGUCUUAUCACAGUGUCCCGGUGAUUUCUAAACUACCUGAUUCUCUGCAUUGUGACUCAUGCAUUUACCCGUGUUGUGAGAUGCUCUUUCAUCCUGGCACCAAAAUUAGAUUGUUUCACAGUUCCGAUUCCUGGUGGGAGAAAAAUGCCUCAAUAUAUUUUGUAACCAUAAGGAGAGUAUUUUUUGUUAAUAUUAAAACGUUCAGAGUUGGAUAUGAUUAGAUCAUCCAUUCUCAGGGCUCAGAUAUCCUGCCAUUAUUCAGAAUGUUUUAUCAACAGCAAACUUGGGCUGUUCCACUUUUUUUCUCGUUGGAUGAAAGUACCUGAUAAUUUGACUCACAGUUUGAAGCAUUCUGUGAUUCACCCAGAGACCAAGUUGAAAGAACAAAAAGUAUGAGUUAGACAAAUGGUCAGGAAUGCUUCUGUCUGGUGGAGUUUCCCCAGUGUCCCCUCGCUUGACGACUGUGUGGGCCGCCUCUGCCAGUGCAGCAGAAUGGGGAGAAGAUGGUCAGCGCCCGUAAAGACUGGCGAGGUCCACUGGAGGAAGCAGCUGCAUGGGUCCUCCUGCAGCUGCAUGGGAGCUCGCCGGCAUGCUGCAGCAUUGGGAUGUCCUUUGUGGCCCGCUUUGCAGUCCCAGCCCUGCUGUCUGCGUGCUCUGUCCUCUGUUCUGUCCACGCGCUGCACCUGCAAGGGCGGGGCUUGGUAUGUUCUAGCUGGUUUAAUCCAGAAGAGGAGACACGGUUGGGCCUCGCUGCAGUUCUGAUUUCCAAGUUUGAUAAGAUACUGUGAUGCCUGCAGCGUGUCACACACUUGCACAACUUAAAUAUUAUUUUGUCUGUGGCGUUUUUUUUCUAUUUGUAAAGUGAAAGCAUGGCAGAAAUUUGUUGACUGAACACUUAAUUAUGCUUUUAAAGUGUUUUGGUUACAUUUCUUGUUUUUGUUUGUAUUAUGUGAAAUGAUUAAAUCUAGAAUGGCCUCUAUCUAACACUCCUAUAAUUAUCCUUUAAAAUACAGAUGUUUUUAUUUUCUUGACAGUAAUCCGCCCUUAGAAAGAUGCAGAUGUGUUGUGUAAUUAGCAGGGACUUAGGCUGCCUUGUUCUGCUGUUCAGUUCCUGUGUGCAGUCACUCACCAGCAGCCACUGGGCAGGGCUGCAGAGCACCAAGAACAGUCAAAAACCCAGAACCACCCGGUUUGCUUGUAGGGCCUGUUGAUUUCCAGCUACUCCUUGCUCAGUGAGGGCAUCUAACCCUUCUGCACAAACUGACGCUAGUAAACUGGGGCCUUGCGCCUUUACUUCACAGACCUGAGCUGAGCCUACAUUCUUGUCCUUAGCUGAUUGCAUGUCUGCAGGGCCAUUCGGGUUUUGUGUGUCGCCUCUGUGCUUGAUUUAACAACAUCCAAGAACCUCUAGUUGCCACCUGCUGAUUACUUUUCUGGAAUUUAAUUAUUUCUCAAUAAAUUUUGUAUUUUAUAUUGUACAUGAGACAUUUUAAAGAUAUGUUUAAGACCAAGGAUAGUUAAAAUGAUUGUAAAAGUUGUGUGUCUGGCAUGGAGACUGUGUGCUGUCCACUAGCAGGGAAAAAUGAUCACCUCAAACUAAUUUGCGUAUAUUAUUUUAAUCACUAUUUCUUUUUCUUGUUCGUUUUUCUUUGAACAACCACAGACAGUUUCAAUGUUACAGAUGCCUCAGAAUUCACCUCGGCUGCUGGUUCUGUAGCAGAAGUGCAGAGGUGAAUGGGAAAAACACGUCUGCCUUUGCUGUAAAUAAAGGGAAAUGACUAAGGUGAAGUCAGACUGACAGUCCCCGCUGACGAUAAACCAUGGCCAUCACAUGCUGCAGCAUUUUAAAGAGACAUAGUUCGUGCACAUGGCUGUCACUACAGACCUGCGGUCAGCACCUUACGGAUCACACUUACCUUAGUUGGGGUUUUUUUGUUUUGUUUUUAUUUUUCUUUUUAAUAAUUGUAGCCAAUAAAGUUAUGGUCUGUUCA